GGAAGUGAUGAGAACAUUCUCAGAUAAGCUAUCACCAUACCAACAAGCACUUGUGGAGGAGCUCAAAGUGUCAGCCGUAGAUGGAGUCAAGUUGACACCCAGUCUCCUACCCAAGUCCAAGUAUGUGUUACACUACCGUACACUGCAGCUGUAUUCGCGUCUGGGCAUGGUGGUGACCGCUGUUCACAAGGUGUUGGGAUUUCAGCAGAGUGCCUGGAUGGCUCCCUACAUCAAUCUGAACACUGCACUUCGCACGAGGGCUACAACCGACUUUGAGAAGAGCUUUUACAAGCUGAUGAACAACUCAGUCUUUGGCAAGACGAUGGAGAACGUUCGUAAUCGAAUACGCAUCGAUCUCUUGCGAGAAGAAAGUGAGGAGCAGGUACUGAGGGCAGUGAGCAAGCCUACAUAUGUGCGGCACGACAUUUUCCCGAACGGGCUUGUCGGAAUAGAAAAGCAGCACACUGAGAUCAAGCUCAACAAGCCGGUCUAUGUGGGUAUGUCGAUACUAGACCUGUCAAAGGUACACAUGUACUCCUUCUACUACGAUGUGCUGAAGGAGCAGUACGGUAGCAGAAUCCGGCUGUUGUACACCGACACCGACUCUGUUAUUGUGCACAUAACCACCGGUGAUGUUUAUGCAGAGAUGGAUCUGUCUCUGUAUGACACCAGCAACUUUCCCACUGACCAUCCUCAGUACACUUCUGCCAAUAAGAAAGUGGUUGGCAAAUUCAAAGAUGAGCUUGGUGGGAAAUCCAUGGUGGAGUUUGUAGGUCUAAGAUCGAAGAUGUACUCCUACAUCGGGCAGGAAUCGGCCAAACGGGCCAAGGGUGUUCGGAAGGCAGUCCUGGCAAAUACCAUCACCCACAAGGACUAUGUAGAUGCACUGCUCAGUCAUCGUGUGUCUGCCAGGCCUAUGACGGGUCUCCGAUCACAUUGCCACACAGUGUAUGAGGAGGUAACCACCAAGGUGGCAUUGUCUCCAUUCGACUGCAAGCGGUAUAUAAUGGAUGAUGGCAUGGCCACACUUGCAUAUGGUCACAAGGACAUUUAAUGGGCAGGACCCCACAUUGAACAUGUUUCAUCAUUUUCAUGCAAAACUCCCCGCCAUUCUUCUGUCUAAUAUUCCUCCUUUCUUGACGUGUGGAGCUGGCUCCAACACUCUACAUUUUUGUUAAAUAUUUCAGGCUUGUGCCUCAAUUAUAUUGCAGGAUAUAGUGCAUUGUGCGGUAUAAUAAUCUUCAUCGUAUCAUCAAAUAUUACCCUACACACUUUGGUUUGCAGUGUGUGCACAGCAUAGUCCAUAUAUCAUCAAAUUGAUCAAGUUCAGUAUCUGCGGGCAUAUAUUUCCCCAGCUUGAGAAAAUGCUUAUAUACUUGCAUAAAUUUAUGCUCACAAUGAUGACAUUAAAAUGACAUUAACUCUACCACACAUUAUAUUA